AUGGGAGAAUAUCAUAUCUGCCAGCAAAUCAAGGCUCUAAAGCAGUCCAUUCUGAUCAAGCUGGACGGUAAUGAUAAUAAAAGGUACAUAAAGCUUCAUCUUACUAGUUAUGACCUGAAGAACAAGGUCAUCGAGUUUAGACCUGCGGAAAACGAGGAUUACAAUUCAGCCUUAGAAAAGCUUUACGAAUUACCUUCUUGGAAUUCAACGGAAAACACAUUGAAACAACCUGGAAAUAGUGACACCACACGGUAUCUUGGCGAUACUGGUUUGAUUUUAUCCUUAUCGUAUUUACGACCAAAACAGCAGCAUGCAACCUUACUACAGCAAUCCUCAAUUACACAUACGAGCUAUUAUUCGACAUCAAACUCAUCCAUGUUGACAGCACCAAAGUUACAAAUCAAAUGGCUACGCGUCACAUUAGACUGGGUGUUGAAUGGUAAUCAGCAACAGAUCUAUGAAAACAGUUUUGUAAAACUGAAUGAAUUAUUGGCAAAGGAAGGGUGUUUCAAAUAUAAUCCACUUUCGGAACCUAUCUUGAAAUACAUUGUCGCUGAACAAAAGCGAAACAAAGACGAGCAGUAUUCCGCAACAUUGCCACGCAGUUUAAUCAAUUACUGUCAUUCGCAUACUCACGAAUGUCAUACUCGUUUGUCAAGACUACAGCAUAUGCUAGAAGGAGCCGGUGUUGAUUCGCAAGUUAUUUGGAAAUACUCGUUCGCAAAGUCAUUUGUGGUUGGAAAUGGCAGUCUAUUAUGCGAAGAGGAUGUGAUUCGUCGCAUACAAGACUCUGAAGAAGAAUGGCGACAUAAAAAACCUGUGCUUCUACGCAAAUUGCUGUUAUGUAGUGUCGCAUAA